CUGAAGCCCCGCCCCUUUGGGCAGAAGGAAGUUUGGCUGAAGUAUAAAAUGAACGGCAGGAGCUUUGGACCGGCAGCACAGCGGGGAGCGAGCUGCUGGUCGGUACCGGAGGCUGAGCCGCGCGUGGACACACGUCACUGACCGCCUUUCAUCUCACCGCCACCCCGGAAAGAGCGCAGCCAUGGCGGGCAGCAGCUCGGAGCAGCGCGCGCUGCAGUACGAACAAACCCUGAUGUAUGGGCGUUACACCCAGGAACUUGGGGAGUACGCUAAAGAGGAGGCGGCGCGGCUGAGGGAGAGCGGUCCCAGGCGGUCCAUCAGCGAACGCAGACGGACUCUGGACCUGCUGGAGUACGACAAGGGGCGCUGCGCCAAGUGCCGCAGGUCAGGGUACCCGUACGUUCUGGAGGCUCCAGCUCAGGACUUUAUCUCUGUCUGCACAGUUCGUUGCCAGAAGUUCCUGAUCUCACGGGUCGGGGAGGACUGGAUCUUCCUGAUCCUGCUGGGACUGGUCAUGGCGCUGGUCAGCUGGGCGGUGGACUUCUGCAUCGCCAUCUGCCUCCAAGCACAGAAGUGGAUGUAUGGUGGUCUGGACAGCAACGUGUUCCUGCAGUACCUGGCCUGGGUCACCUACCCGGUGGUCCUGAUCACCUUCUCUGCUGGCUUCACUCAGAUCUUGGCCCCCCAGGCUGUAGGUUCAGGGAUCCCUGAGAUGAAGACCAUCCUGAGGGGGGUGGUGCUGAAGGAGUACCUCACCUUCAAAACCUUUGUGGCCAAAGUCAUCGGGCUCACCUGCUCCCUGGGCAGCGGCAUGCCUCUGGGCAAGGAGGGUCCCUUCGUUCACAUCGCCAGCCUGUGUGCUGCUCUGCUCAGCAAGUUCAUGUCUCUGUUUGGAGGAAUCUAUGAGAAUGAGUCGAGGAACAUCGAGAUGCUGGCGGCAGCGUGUGCGGUGGGAGUGGGGUGCUGCUUCGCCGCCCCCAUCGGAGGUGUGCUCUUCAGCAUCGAAGUAACUUCCACCUUCUUUGCUGUGAGGAACUACUGGAGAGGAUUCUUUGCUGCCACCUUCAGCGCCUUCAUCUUCAGAGUGCUGGCUGUGUGGAACCGAGACGAAGAAACCAUCACUGCACUUUUCAAAACCCGGUUCCGUUUGGAUUUUCCCUUUGACCUUCAGGAGCUUCCUGCCUUUGCUGUCAUAGGCAUUGCCAGUGGAUUUGGGGGGGCUCUGUUCGUCUACCUGAACCGACUGAUCGUCCAGUUUAUGAGGAAACAAAAGACCAUCAACAAAUUCCUGAUGAAGAAACGGCUGCUGUAUCCUGCUCUGGUCACUUUAGUGGUUUCAACGCUGACGUUUCCCCCUGGAUUUGGACAAUUCAUGGCUGGGAAGCUGACCCAGAGGGAGGCGCUGGUGACUCUGUUGGACAACCGGACGUGGGCCAAACAGGGCGUCGCUGACGGAUUCGACUACAUCGGAAACUCCCAGGCCUGGAAACACCCGCAGGUCAACGUCUUCGUCACUCUGGUCCUCUUCAUCAUCAUGAGGUUCUGGAUGUCUGCCCUGGCCAUCACCAUCCCGGUGCCCUGCGGAGCCUUCAUGCCUGUGUUCGUUAUCGGAGCAGCCUUUGGCCGCCUGGUUGGAGAGAGCAUGGCCGCCUGGUUCCCAGAUGGCAUCCACUCGGACGGCUCCAUCUACCCCAUCGUGCCAGGAGGAUACGCCGUUGUGGGUGCUGCGGCCAUGUCAGGCGCCGUCACCCACACCGUUUCCACGGCGGUCAUCGUGUUCGAGCUGACUGGUCAGAUCUCCCACAUCCUGCCGGUGAUGAUAGCCGUGAUCCUCGCCAACGCCGUGGCUCAGUCUCUGCAGCCGUCGCUCUACGACUCCAUCAUUCGGAUCAAGAAGCUGCCCUACCUCCCAGAGCUGGGCUGGGGUCACCAGGAGAGGUAUAACAUCCGUGUGGAGGACAUCAUGGUACGGGAUGUGCGCUACAUCACGCUGGACUGCUGCUACAGAGACCUGCACAAUGUCCUGAUGUCGGGUCACCUGAAGACUCUGGCCCUGGUGGAAUCUGCUGAGUCCAUGAUCCUGCUGGGCUCAAUAGCGCGCGCUCAGCUGCAGUUGCUGCUCUCCCAGCAGCUGAGUCGCAGCAGACGCAUGGAGUUCAUCAGGGAGCGCGCUGCAGCCGAGAAGAAACACCUGUCAGUGGAGUCCAUCAACGACAGCGAGGACGGCCGCCAGCGGGCCAGCCAGGAAGUCCGCUUCCAGAUCUCCACGGAGGAGUCCUCCACCAGUCCCACCCGCCCAGGCAGCCAGAAGCCCCUUAAACCGGCCCUGAAAAGACCGUCUGUGGUGGAGAGACCCACUGACCUUCCCUCCAGCCCACAGGACCAUUCCGGCACCUUGAAGAGCCUGUUCUGCUCCAGUCCAGACAUAGAAGCUCUAGAGAAAAACAACAACUUGGAGAGUCCCGUGUCUCCUGAGCAAAGGAGGCCGUCCAAACGGGUCCGGAUAUCCGUCGUGGAGCCCCCCCCCAGCCUGAAGGGUUUCUUCUUGGAAGAUGGAGACGUGGAAGACGACAUGACGCUUAGAGAGAUCGCAGAGUGGGAGGAGAAACAACUCGAUGAGCAGGUGGACUUCAGCACCUGCAAGAUUGACCCCGCCCCUUUCCAGCUGGUGGAGCGCACGUCGCUGCAUAAGACUCACACCAUCUUCUCCUUGCUGGGCCUUGACCACGCCUACGUCACCAGCAUCGGGCGCCUCAUCGGGGUGGUUUCCCUGAAGGAGCUCCGUAAAGCCAUCGAGGGCUCAGUGACGGUGAAAGGCGUGAAGGUGCGUCCUCCUCUAGCCAGCUUCAGGGACAGCGGGACCAGCAGCAGCGAGACCGAGGCUACCGAGCUCCACAAGCUGUGGGACCGCCACCGGAGCGUUUCGCUGCCGGGGGACCAAGCCACCUCCGAGUCUGACGAGAAGUCUCCAUGAUAGGAAGCCGAGGACCAGGGAGGAGGAGGAGGAAGAAUGAAGGUCUUUCAUCUCUAAUGCCACAGACAUGCUGAACUCCUCAGGGCGACAAUCCUUAUUAAAGGCCUUCUCUCCACACUCCUGAUCUGCAGCUCCUCCUCCUCCUGCCUCACCAGGGCUUCCUCCAGGAACCUCGUAAUGACCCAGCCAGACACUGCCCCAGCUCUCCAUUUAGCCUUGGGGUCCCACAGCGUCAAGUGUUUGCCAUCGCCAAACCUGGACUUUUUAAAAAGGGAAUAUUUUUCUAGACUUUUAUUUUUAUGCUUGUUUAUGUUCAGAGUCGGAGCCACAGAUCAAGUCUUCCUCCUAAAUCCUGACGACUGCAGCGAUCCUGUAAGGAAUGCCUGAGGAGAGAGGGGAUGAGGGGAGGAAGGAGAGAGGGAAUGAGGGGAGGAAGGAGAGAGGGAAUGAGGGGAGGAAGGAGAGCGUUCAGGAGGUGUAGCUUUAUCUCAUAGUAGUUUUUUUUUACAGCCUUAGAACAAGUUCAGUCUGUGAUCAAACUUCCAUGCGUGACGAGGGAAACGUUUCAGUUCCUUCAUCCUGACCUGCGGCGGCGAGCAGGCGGGCCUGACGACACCAUGAGCUCCUUUACUGUAGCUGUGGGGGAUGAGGAGGGCAGGAAGGAGGAAGGCUCCCCCUUCCUGAAACGCUUCCCCCUUCCGAAACGCUCCCCCCUUCCGAAACGCUCCCCCCUCCUGAAACGCUCCGGUCGCCUCCUGAAACGCUCCCCCCUUCCGAAACGCGGCCCCCCUUCCAAAACGCUCCGGUCGCCUCAUGAAACGCUCCCCCCUUCCGAAACGCGGCCCCCCUUCCGAAAUGCUCCCCCCUCCUGAAACGCUCCGGUUGCCUCCUGAAACGCUCCCCCCUUCCGAAACGCUGCGGUCGCCUCCUGAAACGCUCCCCACUUCCGAAACGCGGCCCCUCUUCUGAAACGCUGCCCCCUUCUGAAACGCUCCCACCUUCCGAAACGCUCCGGUCGCCUCCUGAAACGCUCCCCCCUCCUGAAACGCUCCCCCCUCCUGAAACGCUCCCGUCGCCUCCUGAAACGCUCCCCGCCUCCUGAAACGCUCCCCCCUCCUGAAACGCUCCCCCCUUCCGAAACGCUGCGGUCGCCUCCUGAAACGCUCCCCACUUCCGAAACGCUCCGGUCGCCUCCUGAAACGCUCCCCCCUUCCGAAACGCUGCGGUCGCCUCCUGAAACGCUCCCCACUUCCGAAACGCGGCCCCUCUUCUGAAACGCUGCCCCCUUCUGAAACGCUCCCACCUUCCGAAACGCUCCGGUCGCCUCCUGAAACGCUCCCCCCUCCUGAAACGCUCCCCCCUCCUGAAACGCUCCCGUCGCCUCCUGAAACGCUCCCCCCUCCUGAAACGCUCCCCGCCUCCUGAAACGCUCCCCCCUCCUGAAACGCUCCCCCCUUCCGAAACGCUGCGGUCGCCUCCUGAAACGCUCCCCACUUCCGAAACGCGGCCCCUCUUCUGAAACGCUGCCCCCUUCUGAAACGCUGCCCCCUUCUGAAACGCUCCCACCUUCCGAAACGCUCCGGUCGCCUCCUGAAACGCUCCCCCCUCCUGAAACGCUCCCCCCUCCUGAAACGCUCCCGUCGCCUCCUGAAACGCUCCCCCCUCCUGAAACGCUCCCCGCCUCCUGAAACGCUCCCCGCCUCCUGAAACGCUCCCCCCUCCUGAAACGCUCCCGUCGCCUCCUGAAACGCUCCCCCCUCCUGAAACGCUCCCCCCUCCU